AUGGCUCCAUAUUACUCAAAUGACCUGAACCAGUCGUUAAAUUACACGUGCAAAGCAACCAACUUCAUCAAUACAGGGAAGCAAAGCGAGCCAGUGUGCAUAAAAGUGCUCUAUGCUCCCAGCAGUCCAUCGCUAUCCAUGAAGACCGAGGUCAGGGAAGGUCAGCUGGUCUCCAUCAGCUGCAGCGUUGAAAGCUCCCCGCCCUCAAAGCUCACCUUGACACUGACCUCAGAGUCAAAUCCUCCGUCUUCAAAGGUGCUUUUCACUCAUCCUGGUAGUGACCGGCGGCCCAACAAUCUCUACCACACGUUUCACGUCACUUCCACCCACGCUGGCUUCUACACCUGCGACGCCACCAACACCGAAGGCUCAAUGACCAGCGAACGGAAGAAGCUGGAGGUGAAAUGUGAGCAAAAGAAACUUAUGAGCGUAACAGCUCGGCCUUCCCUCGUCGUGGAGGAGAAGGAGCCGUUGACUCUGGAGUGCAGCGCCCGGUCCGACCCACCGGUGACCUCCGUCACAUGGAGGAAGAUGAGCGAUGGCGAGACCGAGAUCCUCGGGAAGACGCAGACCUUCUCCCUGAAGUCAGUCGGCCCUUCCGACAGCGGACUGUACAGCUGUGAAGCGAGCAACGACGUGGGAACCGGAAACUCACCGCAAACCGAGCUUAGAGUCAAGUAUGCCCCGAAGCUGACAAAGAUCACAGAGACGGAGCAUUGGGGGGCCGACGGCACGAGUUCUGUGACGCUGAGCUGCAGCAGCCACAGCUACCCGCCGAUCACGCAGUACUCGUGGUACAAGAACCACGAGGCAGCGAAUGAAAAGGUGUCCGACCGUCAGAACUACACGGUGCAUUCAGACCAACCGGGAUCCUACUACUGCGUCGCAACGAACGACAUACAUCAGAAAGCGUCCAGCCCCGUCCAUCUGUUUGAGCGAAACGUCUUGAAGACCGUGUUGAUCAUCCUGUUUAUAGUCUUUCCACUAACCAUUUUCUUGAUUGUCGUUGUCUAUAGACAAAAGAGGAAGCGAUCAAGUGAACAAGCAGCUACAAACACUUUCGGUUUUCUGCGCUGGUGGAACAGCAGCGAGAGGAAUCGGACGAACGGCCGCGGUGCAGAGGAUGACCUCUGGCCGGACCGUCGAAAGGCCCCAAGCAUCCAUUUAAGAGCCUUCAGACACGACUGGCAGCUUAACCGUCGUCCCUGUCAUUUACCUGCAGCCAACAUCCACAGCAUUUACUGCACGGUGAACGAGCCCUCGGGACAACCCGGUCCUCCUGCACUAAACGGAAUCACAGAGAAAGGUGUGAACACACCGGAGGAUUCCCUCAACUACGCCUCUGUGCACUUUGGAGAAAUAAACCAACGGGCAAAGGCGGGAGAAGAUGUGUAUGAUAAAGUGUCCAAGCAAAAGCCACCUAAAAAGAGCGAGGAAAGGCAGGAGGACUACGAGAACGCCAGCUCCGCCCACCUGGCCAGAGAUCCAGAUCCAUGGAGCUACGACACGGACUCCAGCGAGGAGGAGGUGGAGGUGGAGGUCCACUACUCUCAGGUGACCUUCGCGGCGAAGCCCGGACGAGGGGGAGGCGGCUGGUACUCCAGCAGCUCCGAGGGAGACGAGACGCAGUACUCUGAGGUCAAAGUGUGAGAUGGCUGAGAUGCUGCGACGGUACUUUCCAGGUGCAGCCAGUUGUUGAAACGAAACCUGAGCUUAAACCAAACAUGUGGCACCUACAUUAUAAAUGUUUAUAAGCAAAUAAAAAUACAUUUUUGUUCAAACUUCUGCUUUGUAAAAGAAAGAAGGCGUGAGCAAAAUAACAACUUUUAAAUGUUGAUAUGUUUAUGACAUUUGUCAACAGUACAGGAUGACAUGGCUUUAAUGUGGCGCAGCAGUUCCUUUACUGAUGCUUGUUUUUGACAAUAUGUAAAUCAGUUUGUGUGUGAUGUCCCAUUUCAUAACAUGCUUUCAAUUCUGCUCUUGUAUAACCGCCAACGUAUCAGAGAAUGUCCUUUUUUUUUUAUGAACAAGCUCAGCCAUAUUAUUGUAUAUGUAGAGAAAAAAAUGAAAAAGUUUUUUUUUUCUCAAAAUACUUCAUUAUUUUCUUUUAUAAACUAUUGUAUCAGUAUUUCUCUUUACACACUGUGCCAUACUCUACCUUUCCAUGGACCGUUUUAUUUGCUAUACCAUGACUUUUGUAUAAACCUUCUUGAUGUACAAGACAAUUCCUUUUUUUAACACACUA